AUGAAUCCGACAGGAAGCUUGUGUGUUAACAACUGGGCAAGGUCCUCUUUGUUAGUCCCUCCUGGGAAUGGGUUGCAGACAAAUCUGUGCUCGGAUCCUUCAUCUUUCUACGGGAUUGGAAUUGAAACGCCUUUCAAAGAAAUCAUUGAACCUUCUCGAACUCAGUCUGUGAUUCCAGGUGAAUCUAACAAAGAUAUUAAGAUCACUGAUCAGGAAACCAGUAAACUUCAAGAUUGGGAUCCAAGUGCGAUGUUGAAUAACCUUUCGUUCCUGGAAGAAAAAAUUCAUCAGCUCCAGGAGUUGAUAUCUACUGCAGGCACGGGUAAUGGUGUUCAGCCACAAAAUAAUGUCGGAAAUAAAUUGUUUGAUCAGUCCGUUCAUAAAGAUGUACCGAAUAAUUGCGAAAUGGAGCAAAACCAUAAUAUGGAAGAACAUGAACAUAAAGAUGAAGAAGAUAUGGAAGAGGGAGAGAAUCUUCCACCUGGUUCGUAUGAGAUUUUACAACUAGAGAAAGAAGAAAUCCUUGCACCCCACACACAUUUCUGUACAAUAUGUGGCAAGGGGUUCAAGAGGGAUGCGAAUCUUCGGAUGCACAUGCGAGGCCAUGGUGAUGAGUACAAAACUCCGGCAGCCCUUGCAAAACCACAUAAAGAAACUGGGUCUGAACUGAAGCUUAUCAAGAGGUAUUCGUGCCCUUAUGGUGGCUGCAAGCGUAACAAGGAUCACAAGAAAUUUCAGCCUCUGAAAACUAUUUUAUGUGUGAAAAACCACUACAAAAGAACACACUGCGAUAAGAGUUACACUUGCAGCAGAUGCCACACCAAGAAGUUUUCAGUUAUUGCAGAUCUCAAAACUCAUGAAAAACACUGUGGCAAAGAUAAAUGGCUCUGCUCAUGUGGCACAACAUUUUCAAGAAAAGACAAGCUUUUCGGACACAUCGCUCUUUUCCAAGGCCAUACACCGGCUAUUCCUUUGGAAGACAAUAAAGGACUUGCCGAGCCACCUGAUCGAUGUGUCACCAAAGAAAAUACCGCCAUGGUAGGGAGCAUGAACUUCUGUUUUGGAUCAAACCCUUCAAGUGAAAACGGAGUUGAUAACAUCAUGGACGUGAAAGAUUCAGAAGGCUCUUUCUCGUUUCUCAUGCCGAGUUCGUUUAAUUAUGCUCCUAAAUCUGGCGGUGAAUCAUGUCCUGACAAUCUGUAA